AUGGCUCUCGUGCCCUCGCCUGGGCGCGACAAGUAUCCGCCCCUGCCUAACGACAUAUUCCCGUGGAAGGAGCCACCAAAGGUUGCCAUCACGCCCUGCAAUCCAUGGCCGCCGCCGUACUAUCUCGAAGAUGGCCUGCGCAAGGUGAUGCCGUACCACUACACAUACAACACAUUCUGCAAAGAGCGCUGGAGGGGGCGCGAGAUCCUCGACAUCUUCGCGAGCGAGUUCCGUGAUCGACCGCAGGAGUAUUAUGAGCAGGCCAUUAAAGACGGGCGCGUUGUCCUGAAUGGCAAGGCAGUGCCGAGCACUAGCACCAUAGUGAAGAACGGCGAUGUCAUCUCACAUACCCUCCAUCGACAUGAGCCACCAUGCACAGCGAGCCCUAUUGGCAUCGUUCACGAGGAUGACAACAUCAUCGUCAUCGACAAGCCCGCGGGCAUGCCAGUCCACCCAGCGGGUAGAUACAACUUCAACUCGAUCAUCGAGGUCUUGAGAGCAGACCGAGGACACGGAUGGAACCCACUGCCCUGCAACAGACUGGACCGACUGACAAGCGGCAUCAUGUUCAUUGGAAAGCACAAGCAAGCUGCUGAGGACAUGAGUGCGCAAAUACGAGAGCGCACCGUCAAGAAGGAGUACAUAUGUCGCGUGGCGGGCGAGUUCCCAGAGGGCGAAGUCGUGUGCGAGAAGCCUAUCCUCCAGAUCAGCCCCAAACUCGGCCUGAACGCAGUACGUGCAAACGGCAGAGAGUCGAGGACCGUGUUCAAGCGGUUGGCGUAUUACCCACCAAAGGACAAUGGCAAGCCCAAAGAGGAGAAGACGGAGGAUGCAGACCAUGAGGGCCAGCCGUGGAAGAGGCUACGAGGCUACUCGAUCGUACGAUGCUUCCCUGUCACAGGGCGCACACAUCAGCUCCGCGUCCAUCUCCAAUACCUCGGUCAUCCUAUCUCGAACGACCCCAUCUACGCCAACCAGCGCGUCUUCGGCCCUUCGCUCGGACGUGGCAUGUCCGAAGACGAGAACGAUGACGAUAUCACGGCUCGCCUGGCACGAAUGGGCAAGGAGGAAGUAGCUGAUGCCGUUGCAUACCAUGACGAGAUGGUAGAUGCAUAUAACAAAAGGAAGGCAGAGAAGCAGACUGGCGAGACCUGUAACGUGUGCGACACCCCGCUGUACAGCGAUCCAGGUGCACACGAGCUGGGCAUUUACCUGCAUGCGAGGAGGUACAGGUGUGAGGAUGGGAAAUGGGAUUACCAGACAGGGCUGCCUGAGUGGGCUGUGCCACCACCGGGCUAUGAAGGACCUGCAGAGAGCACCCAAGAAAGCGACCCCUUGACGGUUGAUCUGGAGAAGCUUGGGAUUGCAGACGAGCAAGUUGAAGAGAACAUCAAACAGCACAGCGUUGCAUGA